AUAGUUGAGUCACGAGAUUUGGGAGGAAGGCCUCACGAGACAAUGGAUUUCUCCAUGGCUUUAACCUGUAUCCAGCUUUGUCAGAGAUGCACCAGUUUACUGAGGUCAAGGAGUGUGGGUAUCAUCACCCUUCAGUAUUCCACAGAUGCCCAGCAUUGGCCUGCAGCCCUACGGAAUUCUUUCAUUGUUCCAGUCUUGCCCUCCUUGCUCCAGAGAAGUCAGAGCCCAUGUCAGACGCGACAGAGGUGGAAUCUAGGAGUGCGGAGUUACUGUGAAUCUCAUGCUAAGGUCCAACCGAAACACAGGAAUACUGAUGAGUUACCUGGGACUGAUAUGGUGCCAUAUCAGAAUCCUCUCUCUCAUCAACUCAGAGAUGGAGGGAUGCAUCUGAAGGAGUGGCAGACAGCUUUAGAUUUGGAUGAUGCCCCAGGCCACUCUGCAUUAGAGGAGAUCAGUCAUGAGGAGGCAGUUCGUAUGGACAUCCCAGCUGCCCUGCCUCCUGUCUCCAUCUCCCUCAAAGACUAUGUCAACGGGUCAGAGACACUCAGCAAGCUUGUACAGCUAGGUGUUCAGCUAUGGAAACUGGAGCAGAGGCCGAACGUGGGCUCCAUGUUGCUGAGGCUAGACUUCCAGACAGACGUGACCCCACGGCUGGUCUUCCUGAAGCAGCUGGGAGUGGAGGACUCUCGCCUGGGCCAUCUGAUCAGCCACAACCCCUUCAUCCUCACAGAGAGCCUGGAGAACCUGCAGGCCAGGGUGGCUUAUCUUAGGUCCAAGAAGUUCAGCGCCGAGUCUGUGGCCUCCAUGGUGUCCAGAGCUCCGUACCUGUUGAACUUCAGUGUGAAGAGGAUGGACAACCGCCUUGGAUUCUACCAACAGCAGUUAGGCCUUAGUGCUCAGAAGACACGGGAUGUUGUGGCUCGCCUUCCCAGACUUUUGUGUGGGAGUUUGGAGCCAGUUAAGGAGAAUCUUAAGAUAUGCAAACUGGAGAUGGGGUUUCGUGAAAAUGAGCUCCAGCACAUUGUCACUGUAAUCCCCAAAGUUCUUACAGCUAACAAGAGGAAACUGACCCAGAUAUUUGACUACAUCCACAACACCAUGAACAUACCCCAUGACCUGAUUGUAAAGUUCCCACAGGUCCUGAAUGCAAAGUACCUUCGUAUUAAAGAAAGACACCUGUUCCUGCAAUACCUGGAUAAGGCUCAGUACGACCCUGCAAAGCCUAACUACAUCUCUCUGGACAAGCUAGUCUCCCUGCCAGAUGAGGCCUUCUGCACUGAAGUGGCAUCAGCCACACUAAAGGACUUUGAACUGUUUCAGAAGACAAUGUAAUUGAUAAAACACUACAGUUGUUGUAUAUGUGUGUUAUUAUCUGAAUAAAGAUGUUGAAGAUACUAUA